AUGAUGAUAUCUGAUCUUCCAUCGGAUUUGCUAGAGGAAAUACUCUUUAGGGUUCCAGCUACAACAUGCUUGAGAUCUACUUGCAAACGAUGGGAAGCUUUAUUCAAAAGCCAAGGGUUCAACAAAAAGCACUUUGGUAAAGCACCAAAACAGUCCAUGCUUCUCAUGUUGAGGAACUAUAGAGUUUGCCCAGUGAGAGUUGAUCACAACGUAUCUCCUCCAACUAUAGAAUAUAAGGGUGCACUUCGACUCAACGAUUCCCAUUCUAAUACACAACAAGUCGAUAUAUCUAAUGUUUAUCACUGCGACGGAUUGUUGUUAUGCACCACCAAAGCCCAUAAACUCGUGAUUUGGAAUCCGUGUUCGGAGGAAGCUAGAUGGAUCCAACUCAAUACUGGUCAGGACUGGAACACUCAGUUUGCUCUAGGUUACGUAAAUAACAAGUCUUGUCGUAGCUACAAAAUCUUGAACUAUUCGAAAAGGCACCUCCGAGCUGGUGAGGUUAGAAUCUAUGAGUUUAGCUCUGACACAUGGAAAGUUGUUGAUGUGGACACUGAUAGCUUGGGCCUGAUAUUACAAUUAGAUGGUGUGUCUUUGAAGGGAAAUGCUUACUGGUCUGCUUUUAAUGAAACUGACCGUUCUAAUUUCUUACUAUGGUUUGAUUUUACAAGAGAGAGAUUUAGACGUCUGUCUUUUCCGACAUUUCAGAACUUUGGUUCUAAUAUUCUAUCAGUUGUUAGAGAAGAACAACUCUCGGUGUUACAUCGGUGUUUUGGUGCGUCAAAGAUGGAGCUGUGGGUGACCAAUGAAAUUGAUACUGAAGCCGCCUUGUUGUGGACCAAAUCCUUUGCAGUAAAUUUUCACCCUAAAUUACGCAUUGGCAUACCGUCCGUCGUGAGUUUUUUAAUCGACGAGGAGAAUAAACUGCUAGUUUGUCGUAAUGAAUGUGAUGAUGGGAGCACGUUACACUUACACAUUUUUGAAGAGGAUGGUCAAUACAACUCAGGAAUCCGUGUUGCAAGCAACAGUAUUCCUUGGUGUCCAUUAAUUGUUUUCAAUUAUGUUCCAAGUUUUGCUCAAAUCCACUAA